AUGUCCUCCUCAGGAAAAGCCGUCUCUGCCUCCUCCUGCCUCUCCUCCCAGUGCUUCGACCUCCUGACCAGGUCCUGCGUCAAGUGCUCCGACCUGUUCAAGGAAAACACAACAGAGCCCACCCAUGUGGUGCUCACCUCAGCCCUGGAGCCCACUCUCCCCGCGACAGACCUGCCCAGCACCUUCCUCACCUUCGGGGUCGUGGCAGCAGUGGUGUUCGUCCUGGUCCUGACCACCCUCUUGGGCUUCCUGGUCUGCAAGCUGGGGAAGUGGAGGAGGAAGAGGAAGGCAGCAGAUGAAGAGGCCCAAGCAAACGUGAAAGCCACCAGCCCACUGCCCAUCCCAGGCUGUCAGGACCCUGCCGUGAUGGAGGGAGAUGCCACCCUGGCCCCGGUCCCAUGCGAACAUCUCAAUGGAGGCCUGAAGAUGCUGAGACCACCCGGCAAAGCGGGGGCAAAGCGGAGGCCAUGCUACCAGGGUGAUGCCGAUGGCGACAUCAUCCUGCUCUCCACCGUGUACCCCCGGCACGAGGAAUGCAACCACGGCUUCCCGCUGCCUGCCACAGAGUUGGGGGCCACAGCCCUAGUCACCACCAAGACCACCCAGAACUGUGCCUGA